UCUUGGGUUGCUUGCACGGGUUUUGGGUUUAGUGGAUUCCGAUUGUGUGGUACCAAGAUUUUUUUUUUGGGACAGAAAGUUGGAAUUUUAGCGCUAUGCGUUUCUAUUUGAAUGCUUUCGUUUUUUUCCUUUUUCGCGCAGUGUGUUCGACUUCAAAUUGGGAGUCAUGCGAAUCCCCCCAGCACGCUUGUACAGCUCCUAUGCUUUCUUGCGGAUUUUUCUACGCCAGGAACCCCUUUGCUAAUUCUUGCCGUGCUCUCCUUGCGCUUAAUUUUUUCGGCGGUGUAUCUUCCAUUCUCUUUUGAAAUCAAAAGUCACCCCAUAUUUUAAUGCCAAAACCAUUGUCGCUGCCGUGUGUCCGAGAAAUUAGUCUCUAAUUCUUGCAAUAAUCGGUUGACGCCGUCCAAACUCCAACAUCACCCCAUAAAAGCCCCAAUCCCACCUCUGGCUUGGCUUUGAUUCUCUGAAGCACCGAAUAAGUUGUGCUCAAUCUUGUACCAGAGCGGCAGAGCCCAAUUAAUCCGCUAGCUUAGUGGAGUCUCUUGCAGUGGCCAGCCAUGGCGUCCUCCUUUUUCCAUAGUGGAACGGAAAAGUGGCCUCCUUUCCCCUUGUUCUUUCCCCUUCCCCAUGGACGCACACGCCCUUGUUUCUUUUGCUUGCGAGGAGACGAGUAGCCGGGGACCCCUCAAAUCUUUUACCAAUCAAUCAAAAGCCCUUACUUUUCGCAAGAAAUUUCUCUGUUCCACCCUCGAAAAAGCGCCCUCUGCUCUCACCCUCCCUCACAGCCUCAUUUCUCGCUUGGGUCUCUCACCACUGGCCUGUCACCUCUUUGGGAGGAAAUGGCAUGUCCUGGCAAGGUCUCUUCCUGGGCCAUGGCCCGAAAUUGGCAUCGCCAUUAAAUGUUUGAGGAAUACCAGGGAGACGACGCCCUGCAGCUUGAUUAACUCUGAGAUGAUCAGCACUCCCGGAUCCACAACAAGAUCCAGCCACUCUUCCCACCGCAGGGUGAAAGCUCCUCCUGUGCACGCCAUCCCAAGUUCAACGGAGAUGAACGAGUACUUCGCUGCUGAACAGCGACGCCAACAACAGGCUUUCAUUGACAAGUACAACUUUGAUCCUGUAAAUGACUGCCCUCUCCCAGGCAGGUUUGAAUGGGUGAAGCUAGACUGAUAGAUUCAGAGGACAUGAGAGCAGCAGCAUGGAACUCACCUCCGCUCCCUCCACCGCCGCAGCGUCGUGGCAGAGGCGCAUACCGUCGUGUUAGCUUUGUUUCUGUUGUAAAAACUUAGCGUUAGCUUGUAGCCUUAAUUGUCGCGUGUCACAGUACAGAACUGAUGCUGAGUUACAGCACCCUGAUAUGAUCUGGUCCCUCAACUCCAAUGUAACCCUUAACAGCUCAUUCUGUAAGGAACCUAUCAUCCUGUUACCAGUUGCCGAAUUAAUGAAGUAGAGCUAGAUAAUGAUGUUCUGUCACAGUUAUUAAUACUUAUACUCUGUGAUGUUGCACCUGAA